GAGAGAGAGAGAGACACGGGCAGGGGGAGAGUGACCGGGGGGACAGGGGCCGGAAUGUGAGGGACGGACACGGACCGCGGACCGAUCCAGGAUCCAGGAUCCAGGAUGAGUGAGGCCGAGGUGGAUGAUCACAUCAACCGGAAAUAUCAACUGAAGAGACGGCUGGGAAAAGGGGCUUAUGGAAUCGUGUGGAAAGCAAUUGAUCGACAGACGGGAGAAGUGGUGGCUGUGAAGAAAAUAUUCGAUGCAUUCAGAAAUCAAACAGAUGCACAGAGGACGUUUCGAGAAAUCUUGUUCCUUCAGGAGUUUGGGCACCACCCCAAUAUCAUCAAACUGCUCAAUGUGAUCCGAGCAGCAAAUGACAAAGACAUUUACCUGGUCUUUGAAUACAUGGAGACUGAUUUGCAUGCAGUGAUAAAGAAGGGAAACCUAUUGAAGGACAUUCACAUCCGCUACAUCCUCUACCAGCUUUUGAAAGCCACCAAAUUUAUCCAUUCGGGAAAUGUUAUCCAUCGGGAUCAAAAGCCUUCGAACAUCCUCCUGGAUGCGGACUGUUUUGUCAAACUCUGCGACUUUGGUCUAGCUCGCUGCAUUAACCAGAUCCAGGAGGAGCAGGGGAAUGCGGCAUUAACGGAGUACGUGGCUACUCGCUGGUAUCGAGCACCUGAAAUCCUCCUCGCAUCGCCCAGAUACACCAAGGGCGUGGACAUGUGGAGUGUUGGGUGCAUUCUGGGUGAGAUGCUACUCGGGAAACCUCUUUUUCCAGGAACUUCGUCAAUAAAUCAAAUUGAAAGAAUCAUGAGUGUAAUUCCAACUCCUUCCAAGGAAGACGUCUUGUCCAUUAACUCCGAUUAUGGGGCCUCUGUUGUUCAGAAGAUGUUGAGCAGGCCUAGGUCUUCGAUCAAUCAGCUCCUGCCCAGUACCACACCACCAGAUGCCCUGGACCUGCUGAACAAACUGCUCGUCUUCAACCCAGACCGUCGGCUGACUGCUGAGGAGAGUCUCAGACACCCCUACAUCAACAGGUUCCACAACCCAUUGAAGGAACCAGGGCUGGAUUAUGAUAUUAUCCUUCCAGUAAAUGAUGACACACAGCUCUCUGUGGGAGAGUAUCGGAACAGACUGUAUGAGAUGAUUUUGGAGAGGAAGAUGAAUGGUCGGCUCCAGAAGCGUUUGCUGAAGGGACCAGAACCAGUGAAACCAUCACCAGACCUUGAGCAGAGAGAACCAACAGCAGCUAGUCCCAAAGCCACAAGCCCAUCCAUCACAGAGGGAGCCAUUCAACCUGUUGUACAUGGCGACAGUGUGCUCAGCCAAGCCCCUGCAAACCUCAGCUCAUAUAACCCAAUAACUCACAGUACAUUAUCAUACGGACCCUCCCACAAUGAUGUGAUCAGGAAAAGACAGAUCUACAUUCCCUCUGCGUUCCAUCAGAAUCGUGGUUUCCCAGUAAACAGAGUAAAUGAAGCUCAAGAUACACAGGAUUUCUGCAGCACACAGCAAUGGAGCGUUGAGGCUCAGCACAUCAUUGCCGGUUCACAGGGACCCCCAAACCCAGAGCCACAUAGUAUCAAGUCAUCUCCUGUCAGCAGGAUCCGCCCCAUUUCCUACCACCACCGGACAUCUACCAACAACAUCCUGACCAGAAAGGAAACUGGGCAUCGAGGAAUGGGAAUGACUGUAUCCUGUGCUCCGUUGAACCCAAGGCCACAGUCACAAACCCGAGAGAGCCGGCCCUUUAAGAAGAUGUUCCAGACAACAUCAAACAUGGAAGCAGCAGGGAAUCCGAAAGCUGUCUGGGGUAGUUAUUCCCAAACCUACGGGGUCAUCAGUCAAACUGGGCUGGAAAACCUGCGUAACCUCCAAAUACAAAACAAACCCUAGCUAACAUGGCACAGGACAUGCCAAACACACAACAGCACAGGAUGUACACCAGCAUACAGAGCCUGGGUGAGAAUUACAGUGAACAUAGGACUGCUGUCAAAUAUCAUCCACUCUGAUACCUGUGGCUAUACAGUUUGAGUUGUGACACCUGGGAAAGUGCCAAAAUGUUUUGUACGCUGGUAUCUGAAUAUGUGAAAAAUGAUUUUUUAAUGUGAAUUAUUAAUUCUAUGCAAUCAUCCCUGCGGAGAAUCUGUUGACUUGCUCCAUUAUUGUGUUCUCUGCGCAAUUUGACUGGUUCCCUCUCUCCACCCACCCUCAUUAUAAACUGCAGAUUCUGAUACACAUCCUGCAGUCUGACCCUGACCUGCUCCCUCUCCGCCCCCCCCGCAACCUUGGUUCUAAGCUGCAGAAGACCUUGGCACCCAUGCACCCUGCAGCCUGACCCUGGCUGGCUUCCUCUAGCACACGGUAUUUAGUGUUGUCCUGUGAAAGUGCCUUUAGGAUAGGAGCUUGGAUUCCCAACUGUGGGGGAGGGAGGGGUGCGCCCAGCUGUAGGGUGGGGGACUGUGUGUGAAUUUUGCCCAACUGGGAGCUGUGCUUUUACUGGGAUUCUCCUGGAUCCCAGCGUUCAGGAUGUUGUUCAGUUUCAUUCUCACCUUGGUUCACUCAUGGUCUGCAUUCAGAUCUCCGAUUCUUCAUUCCUGUCUAUCCCAGAUCCUUACACAGGUCAAGAAUUUGGUGUUUCCUCUAUGACCCCCUUGUUUUCUGUAAAUAUUUGGUGCUUGUGGAAUGUUUGAUUAGUGAGUUAGUGAGGACCAAUCUCUUGUCAAAAUGAACUUCUGAAGAUGUGCCAGAAGAGCUGAUGUGUGAUUUUAUAGAUGUUUAUUAAAAGAGAUGAUAAAUUUA